CCCCUCCACACUGUACGGUAACAGAGAUCGGAACGUGGAACUUCUCUGUGGGGAAAUCGGAAUAUCUCACUUCUCAGAUCAGAUCUAUUCGACGUCGUUGCAGUGAUUAUGGCUUCCUUCAGCGGCGAUGAGACAGCACCGUUUUUCGGCUUCCUUGGGGCCGCAGCUGCUCUCGUCUUCUCCUGUAUGGGAGCUGCCUAUGGCACAGCAAAGAGUGGUGUGGGCGUGGCUUCGAUGGGUGUGAUGAGACCGGAGCUGGUGAUGAAGUCUAUUGUUCCUGUUGUUAUGGCUGGAGUUUUGGGUAUUUAUGGUCUUAUUAUUGCUGUUAUCAUCAGUACUGGCAUUAAUCCCAAGGCCAAAUCUUAUUACCUCUUUGAUGGUUAUGCACAUCUCUCCUCUGGUCUUGCCUGUGGGCUGGCUGGGCUCUCUGCUGGCAUGGCUAUUGGUAUUGUUGGUGAUGCUGGUGUUAGAGCCAAUGCACAGCAGCCAAAGCUUUUCGUUGGAAUGAUUCUCAUCCUCAUUUUUGCUGAAGCUCUUGCCCUGUAUGGUCUCAUUGUUGGUAUCAUCUUGUCUUCUCGUGCUGGUCAGUCUAGAGCUGAUUAAGAAAGAUGUGCUGCAAAAUAUUCUUUGAUCUCCCUUCUCUGCUUUAACCUUCUUAUUAUGAGGGCGAGGGGGUAAAUUGUUAAUUGUGGAGGUUAGUGAUGUUGGAACGGCACUUUCAGGAUUUACCACAUACUUAUGUGAAAGCAGUAGCUGCACCAGUCAUUUUUGUGUUUGUAUAAGUGUAGUCUUCUUUGCUUAAUAAAGCUUCUUAAGCUUCUUUUUUCCCUGUGCCAUAUAAUCUUAGUAUUAAAUUUUUUGUGCUACUGCCAUUGUAAUUUAUUUGUAUUAAUGAGUCUUUUAAUAUCGGAUGCUAGUGUGUCUAAACGUUGCCUUGUGUUUUGAUCAAUUAGUUGUAUAAUCUGAAUCCACAUGGAUGUUCUCAAUAAACGACCAUUUUGAGCACUCUAA